AUGAAGAUUAAUCGUAUUACCCGAUGGAUUCUACCUGUCAUCAGUAUUAUCUUACAGACAUCGAUAAGUACUUCGACAGUGGCACUGCCAAAGAUGUCAGACUUUGGGAUGAGUGAUGAGGAUGUUUGUGCGUUUCCAAUUGAAGAAUCACCAGAAGUCAAUGCUACUGAGAAACAUACUGUCAAAAUUGCAGUCAUCGUUCCAUAUAACAGCUCUUUUCAGUUUAGUGCCCAAGGAAUAGUUCCAAGUAUCUGUCAGGCUAAAAAAUAUCUGGCGUCAAAGAAGAUCAUGUCAUCAUUUCAGCUGCAAUUCUACUUUGGUGAUUCUAAAUGCAGCGACAAGGAAGGACCAAUUUUAGCGUUUGAAUUCUACAGACAAGUUGGUGUCAAUUGCUUCAUGGGCCCCGUUUGUGAUUAUAGUUUAGCUCCAGUUUCUAGGUAUGCCCCCUACUGGGGCAUCCCUGUGAUUUCCCCUGGGGGUCUCAGUCAUAGUUUUGGGGAAUCCAAACUUGUGGAUUACGCUUCUCUCACUAGAGUUGGCGCCACUUUUGAUUCCUUGACCUUGGGAUUAAUCGCGUUUAUGAAACAAUUCGGUUGGCGCAAGGUGAACGUUAUUUACAACAGCCAGGCUAAAGGUCACCAAAUAUCCGGAUUUUGUUUUCUGAUGGCGAGCGCCAUGAUUCACAUGUCCAAAAGGGCCAUGUUUACAGGAAAGUUUGUCAUCUUUAUGGAGGGCAGGGAUAAACCAGAGAAUGUGCUUAUAAACGAGAUUGGAACGGAAAUCAGCGGUAAGUCUUAUGAUGCAUUUUUUGUGUUUUUUCAUUUGCGUCUACAUGUCAUGUAUCAUAAUGUACAGGGAAGAGGAAGUGGGGGGGGGGGGCGUUGGUGA